UUGUUUUUUAGGAACGAAAAGAACAUACAAUCGAUUCUCAAGCUUUUAAGGGAGGGACACUAUAAAAUCGGUUUUGGAAAAAGGGAAAGACAAUCCCUUCCUCUCACCCACUCCGCCAGCUACCCACAUCAGAACUCCUCUCCUUUAAAUUUUCAAAAUUCGCAACUUCAACUCUCCAACGCCGACGAUUGUCGACUGCUUCCGCGGGCUCGCCACCGCCAAGAAGCUGCUGCCUUCACUCGGACCUUUAGUCAUUCUGUUGGAAUUUUAUGAGCAACUACUAUUAUAGAUGCUACCUCCAUUUCGCCUCAGCAACAGCAAAGGAGAGCAAGAAGCAGCCACAAAAUCCCCACUGAAAUAAUUGAGGAAAUACUGUUGAAUCUUCCUGUAGAAUCACUGGUUCGGUUCUCCUCGCCCCUCGGUAUCAAAGUGGUGGUAUUCCUCGAUUUUUGAUGCGAGAUUCAUCAGAAAACAUAAAAAUCGCACGGCCUUCCUCAGCCGGUGUAGGAUAGUCAUCAACCCUGAUUAUGACAACACUAGUUCCUUUAUUGCUAUCCCUCCCAUAUCAUCACACAAGCCAAUUGGGUUAGUCAUCCAACCACAGCAUGCCGGCAAUGCUGCCUUCUGUUCUAUCUCUUGUAUGUUCCGUCACCAAACUGCUAUUGAUGCAACGGAUUUCGUCCGCCAAUUUCAGGGGACACCAUGUCUCUAUGCCUUGUGCCAUGAACUGUUGUGUGUUGAAGUUGACAACUCGUUGUUUCUGUGGAAUCCUUCGAUGAGGAUUUACAGGAAGCUCCCCAAUCCAUUGUUUCAAGCACGGGAUGGAAUUGGGAUUGAUUGGUACGACGGGUAUGAUUUUGAAGUUGGGAUUGGACAGUACAACAGGUAUGAGUUUGUUUAUGGAUUGGGGUAUGACUCUGCUGCUGAUGACUACAAAAUCUUGAAAAUCCCGCGCAUGAACUCCCGUUGCAGAGAGACUGAGUUGUAUUCUCUGAAAAGAAAUUGUUGGAGAAAGAUUGAUUCUUUCUCAGCUAAACCAUCAUUCUCACAGGAAAGAUGUGAAUUUGUUGAUGGAACAUUUCACUGGCUUACUAUCUCUGCUACGUACUCACAAGCAAUCAUUGUUUCUUUCUGUUUAUCAACUGAGGAAUAUGGAGAGGUGGUGCAGCCAGAGUAUUUUCCGGUGCCUAACUUGUUCGGGGAUGAUGUGUUGGAGGUGGUUGCUGUGAGGGGAAUGCUGUGUGUGUGUGUGAACUACUGCAGGGAAACUAGGUUUGUGUUGUGGGUGAUGGAGGAGUACGGCGUCGAGAGAUGUUGGACUAAAAAGUUUGAUAUUCAAUACCGCAGCAGCCGUCCAUACUUCCCGUUCCCGACUAGUGCAGAAUCACUCUUCACAUUGAAACCUUUGUAUUUCUAUGACAACGGCGACAUCCUAAUUAAAGUAUCUACUGAUAAAUGUCAUCUGGAGAUAUUCAUGUAUAAAAACGAUAUAGCAAUACCAAAGGAUUGUUAGUUGUGGCAUUUGCAAUAAUACCUCCGAUGCUUUCCUCUUCGUCGAAAGCCUCGUUUCUCCGGCUGCCUACGCACCUGUAGUCCGAUCCGAUGAUUGAGUUGGUAAACUUAUCUAAGCAUAUGCUUAGUGCAGUUUGGGACUUCAGCAGUUCUCUUUUGUAUGUUUCUUUUAGUAUCAGGUUUGACCUGUGCAGUUUUCUUCAAAUGAAUUGAAAUGGUUUGACA